CCAUUUCAAGCCAGGCUAAAGGAAAAGGGAACCAGACCGCAAGGCUAGUUUGACCACUGCACUUGGUAGGGACCAUCCUGCAGAAAUGUCUGUAAAAAUGAAUGAGAGAGAUGAUAUUGUUGAAGUUAAACAGAUUUUGACAGACAAUAUGGACAUAUAUGAUAACACUACUACCAGCAGCCACUGGCCAGUAGAAGGCAGAGGAGAUGCAAGGGUUAAGCAAAAAGGGACCAGGCGCUGCUACAAGUUGGCUACAGUGAGUCUGGUGCUGCUGUGUGUUCUGCUAAUCGUCACCAUAGGGUUGUGUGUCAAAAGCUCCACAGAAAGAAAUGAGCUGCAGACCUCUGCUGUUAGCCUCACUCAAGCGAGAGAUCAGUUAGACUCCACUAAUGCUAACCUGACUAGGGAGAGGGAUGAAUUGAAGGCCAGUAACACUAUCAUAGCAAAAGAGAAAGAACAGUUAGAGAGCAACUAUAAUGCUCUGGUCAGGGAGAGGGACCAGGUAAAUGCCAGCUACACCUACAUGGCCAAAGAGAAAGAUCGGUUACAGUCCAGUCACAAUACUUUGUCCAAGGAAAGUGACCAGUUGCAGACCAGUUACAAUGAACUGAAAAGAGAUCAAAAGUCGCUGAACACAAGCUAUGCCAACCUUGAGAAAGAGAGAGACGAAAUGCAAAAUGGGCUUUUAGUCUUGGGUUGGAGGUAUUUCAGCUCCCACCUGUACUACAUCUCAGCUAUGAACCAAUCCUGGGAUGACGCAAGGCUGGACUGCCAAAGGAGAGGAGCAGACCUGGUAAUAAUAAACAGCCAAGAGGAACAGGAAUUUGUCUCAUCAUUCAGCAAGGACGCUUGGAUUGGUCUGUCUGAUAUCAACAUUGAAGGGCAAUGGAGAUGGGUUGAUGGUAGCCCACUAACCACCAAGUUCUGGGCAAAAGACCAGCCAAACAGUUACAAAGGAGAACAAGAUUGUGUGAAACUUUGGACAACACCACCCCCUGAAAACUGGAAUGAUGAGAAAUGUUCCAUAAUCCAUAACUGGAUAUGUGAAAAACAGAUAAAUACAUACUCUUGCAUAACUACAGAAAUGGGCCAGAAUAGGAAAGCUCAUAGUAAUGUUACGCAGGCCCAACAAACAGAGAUAGAGGAACUGACUGUGGACUCUCAACACAAAGACUACAGCAAGUUAGACACACAUGAUUUCCGGUCUCAGUGCACAGCCCUGAUCAAAGAGAGAGACGGGUUACAGGCUGGGUACUCCGCACUGAGUGAAGACAAAGACCUCUUACAGACCAGUCAAGACUCUUUAAGUAAAAACCUAUAUGGACUACAGCAGGAAUGUGAUGAGCUUCAAAAGAGGCUCUAUAAGCUGGGAAUAUCUGAGAAGAUUUGGUACUGGGCAAAUGGUGAACCCAACAAUGGGUUUGGACCUGAAAAUGAGAACUGUGCUGCCAUUAAUUCCUUCAUACUUAAUGACAUGAACAUUUGGUUUGAUACAGAAUGCCACUCUGCUCUCAACUGGGCAAUUCUUUUGGAAAGCCCACUGAAAUAUACACGGUAUCUUAUAGACAUGUCUAAAGAAGCAAAUACUCCUAGGUAUAAGAGAGGGGAUUUAAACACAGGGAAGACAGCCUCAGAGAGAAACCCAAGGAAAAGCUCUAAGAAAGGAUAUGGAGUCUACAGGCUGGCUGCCGUAUGCUUCGGUCUGCUGUCUGUUCUGCAAGCAACACUUAAUGUCUCACUGCGUGUCUUCUUCCACAGGUGUGUUGGCACCAAUAUCAGCUGGAAUGAAGACAGUGAGCAGCUGAAGGUCAUGUAUAGCAGUCUCACCAAGGAGAGAGACCAGCUGCAAGCCAGUCACAUUUACCUGACCACAGAGAGAGACCAGCUGAAGUCCAGUUUCAAAAACCUGACCACAGAGAGAGACAACCUUCAGAGAAAACUCUCUAAGCUUGAAAAUGCCAGUGCACAUGGCUGGAAAUAUUUUAGCUCCAGCUUCUACUUCAUCUCCUCUGAGCAGAGAGCCUGGAGGGAGAGUAGGCAUAACUGCAAAGAGAGGGGCGCAGAUCUUGUGGUCAUAAACAGCAGAGAGGAACAGAAAUUUGUAGUCGACUUUGGGAAAGAAAUGGAAAAGAUUGCUUGGGUAGGAGCAACAGACCAUGACAAAGAAGGAGUUUGGAUGUGGGUGGAUGGCACACCAGUCAUCACUGGGUACUGGAUGAAUGACCAGCCAGAUAAUGGCUUUAUGGGAGAGGACUGCAUUGCUCUCCUGCCUGACAGAUACGACCCAUUUAAAACCUGGGAUGAUGCCUCCUGUGAUCUUAAACUUCACUGGAUUUGUGAGAAAGUUGCCCGUCUUUAGUUGUUAUGUAAUGUAUUUGAAUCAGACAUUAUUUUUUUGGAAAUACAUACUGAAUGGGGCCAUGGAAUAAAUUCCUCUGCUUCUUCACAGUCCUCACCAUGAUAUCAGAAGAGCAUUCACUCAACACCUUCAUGAGCAUUCAGUACAAGCAUACAUAUGCAAGACAUAUUACCUAUUUGUAUGUAUGUAUGUCAAUUAUGAUUUCCUUUAAGGCUAAUUUUAAUGUUGGAUAUGACUCCUAAAUAUGACUCCUUUUGUAGUAAUUUAAAACAGAUAUAUCUGUGAUAUGGCAGUUUUAGUCAUUGCCACUGCUGCAGCUACUAUCAAUCAUUAAUAUAGAUAGAUUUCUCUGUUUAGAUUUGUCAAAGCCAAAAUAACAUUGACCUAUAGACCGAGAGUUGUUAUUCAAUAAAACUCAUAUUCCCAUCCAUUAUAUAUUUUAUCCUUCCAUUUUUAUAGUAUCUUUUGUAUGUAAUUAUGUGUAUUAUGUCUGUUUUUUUAUCUUUCCUUUGUCAUCCUGUCCUCUAUGAAUAUAUUUCAAACUGUAUCAAACUGUAUCAACAUGCUGUUAACAUGUUAUAUGCGUUAACUUUAAGUGGAUCUUUAUAUUAAAAUGGAUUUUACAUUCA